AUGUCUUUCCCGAAUGACCGUCGCCGCGGCGGAGCCGGCGCUGGGUUCAGCUCAUCCGGUACACGAACCGCUUUGGGAUAUUGGCUCCCCCUAGCCCUCACAGCUGGAGUCGCCACAGUCAGCAUUGCAGCUUGGAUCUGGAGUGAACGAAAUGACGAGGACGACGAGGACGACCGCCCCCACAACGGAGGGCGCCCGUACCAACCCUCAGCUCAAGGGAGUGACUACCCUCCACCAUCGUAUGCCACCGGAGACUAUGCCCGGAGUGUAGGCACUGAACCGUUGCCCGGAGAUGCCCCAUAUGACCACGGUGUGAUGGCCCGAAUGCAAGGUGCCCUGCGCCGUACGCCGAGCCCUCAGCAGAUCUUCGAUGGUGCCAGCAAAAGGGUUGUGGCGGGUGUCACUGCCGCUGGAGCCUUUGUAGGCGGUGCUCUUACUUCUAUUCGCGAGGACAACAAAGGCGAGGGUGACUUUGAGGAUCACUCCAGGUGGUCUGAAGAGGCCCGCGAUAGGGCCCACGAAAGAAGCCAACAGCAAAGCGCAGUCGCACCGACUAUGAGCGGUGGCUUGUCUACCCGCGGCGUUGGUCUUCCCGACAAAAAGAAGAAAACCGUUGUUAUUAUUGUCUCGUCAAAUUCAUCGGCCGACUCAGAUGAGUUUAGCUCUGAGCAUGCAUCCAUUCUGUCCCAUCUUCCUGAACACGUUGAUCUUGAGACCUCCAAGAUCUUUGUGUUGAUCUAUGCCCCAGAGCUGAAACACGCCAUCGCCAAGGGUGGCUCUUCACGCCCCACGGUCUCCAUCACCUCGUCGUACUCGAACAUCGCCACCGAGGAGGCAGCAUCUGCCGAAGACCUGACGACUGGAGGCUUGGCCUCGGUGGAGCCUCGUCAAGAUGACGAGUUUGACGGCACAUCUCGCUUCUUCAGAACAUUGUACACCCAAGCUCAAGCUUUGGUCGAGAAGGACACCAUGAUCAUGCCAUUCAGCACUGCCGGUGGCUUUGUGCACCUCGUCCGUCACCUCUCCCCAGAGCUCGUAUACGUCCAGGAAUCCUUGACCGGAGACCAGGGCGAAGCCGUGCAGCAUAUCUCUGGCUGGGUUCGUCAAGUCAUCGUCGUUGUUGGAGACGAGGGUGGCCGUGGCGGACUCAUUGACAGCGACGAUGAAUCUGCACUCGGCGAGAAGGGUGAUAAAUGGUGGCAAAAAGAAGGCACCAUCGGAAUUGGAAAGCGCAUUGAUGUGGUUGACGUUGUCCGGGUCGGAGAUGACUGGCGACGACGGGUGCGUGGUCUGGACUAA